AUGGCCUUCUCAGAACUUCUACAACAUGUCGGAAAUUUUGGAAGAUUCCAAAUUAUGAUCAGCAUUUUGAGCAUAUUAUUAAGUUCCUUGAUAACCACUCACAACUUAGUGCAGAACUUUUCUGCGGCUAUCCCUGCUCACCGUUGCUACACCCAGCUCCUUGACAACACCACAUCUAAAACUAAGAUCACUAUGAACCUAACAGAUAAAGAUCUCCUGAAGAUCUCCAUCCCAAUGGGCCCAAACCAGAAACAAGAGCAAUGCCAUCGAUUUCGUCAAACCCAAUGGCAACUCUUAAACCCCAAUGAAUCAGCCCCAAACACCACUGAGCUGGAGAUAGAACCAUGCCUGGAUGGUUGGACCUAUGACCGAAGUGUUUUUACCUCUACUGUUGUAACUCAGUGGGAUUUAGUUUGUGAUUCAUGGGCACUCAAAUCAUUGGCACAGGGCAUUUUCGCGCUUGGAUAUGUAGUUGGAUCUCCCAUAAGUGGUUUCAUUGCCGACAGAUUAGGCCGAAAGCCUGUUUUGUUAACUUCUUCGCUCCUCGUUGGACUGCUGGGCAUCUGUUCAGUCUCUGCCCCGACCUUCUCAGUUUAUUGUACGUUAAGAUUCUUUACGGCAAUGUCGCUGGCUGCAAUGAACUUAAGUUCCCUCGCACUUCUUGUAGAAUGGAUUCCAACCAGCUCCAGACCCAUAGUCAUGACAGUCUGGGCUCUCUCCUUUAGCACUGGCCAGGUGUUACUGGGUGGACUGGCUUAUGUCUUCCGAGACUGGCACACACUGCAGUUGUCCAUCUCUGUGCCCUAUUUACUCUUCUUCCUGUUCCUGUGGAAGUCUUCAGAGUCAGCCCGCUGGCUGAUUGUAUCUGGACAAUUGGAUAAAGCAUUAAAAACACUCAAGGAUAUAGCCCACUUUAAUGGAAGACAAGAUGCUGCAGAGAGUCUGAACUGUGAGAUUUUACAAUCUGCAAUGCAGGAAGAACUUACUUUUCUCAAACAUGGCUCCAAGACAAUGAAGAUCGUCACCAAUCCCAGCAUGCUCAAGAUAACCUGUUGCCUUUGUUUUAUAAGGUUUGUCAUCUAUGUUAAUUCUCUUACUUUCAGAGAUUUUUACCAAGACCAUGCCAGCUUCAUGGUACAUGUUAGUUCAGUGAAUUUAGACUUUUAUUCUAUGAUGAAGCAGAUGAUCAAGAGCUAG